AUGAACACCCACCACAACCACAACCACCACCAUCACCCACCCUCGGGCGGUGCCUCUGACGCAGCCGCGGCUCUCAAGGGCGCGAACCUCGCCUUCAACAAGACGAAACCGAAGCCAAUUCCGCCUCCGAAACCCACAUCAAAUGCCGGCAACAUCACCCGUCGCCGCGGCGCGAGCCUCAUCGCCGCUUCCACCGCGUCAAACUACGACCGAAGCACGAGCACAAGUCCAAUACAGCGCCAACACACGGGUGCGAGCCUGGCAACGACCCCAGGCGACAGCCGCUUCGGUCGCGAUGGCACAUCCGACAUGCGAGACCGUCUCUCCAACUUCCUCGCCUCUAGCCCGGCGGCCUCGUCGACGACAUCCCACCUCACGCCGCACACGACGCGGCUCGACCCAAAAAGCCCGAGCUACAUCGCCGCCACGUUAGCCGCCUCGCGAAGCGCCUCGCCUAGUCCGCAGCCGCACGCGAGUCCCGCUGCUUCCGCCCUGACGCCCGCGCAGAUGAACCAACUGCAGCAAAUGCAGCUCGCGAGAAGGAACAGGCGCGGCAGCGGCAGCGGCGGAGGGGAGACGGAGAGCGUGGUGAGCAGCCUCGAUUUGCCGGAUACGACGUCCAUCCCCGCCACGGGUCAUUUGAUAAGCAUGUUUGAGCGAGGGGGCGGGGAGGAUGUCGACCCUGUGAAGAGGAGCGGAGGGGAUGUCCCUGCCAGGCCCAAGGUUCGGCCGUUGACGCCUGAGAGGGAGUUGAGUCCAGCCCGUGCCAAGGCGGCGAGGAUGGGCAUCGUCGAGGAGGAGGAUGUCGGUGAAGGAGAGCGGAGGCCGGCGGUGCUGAAGACAAAACCUAGGGUCAAACCAAGGCCUGUUACGCCGAACAUGGUUGUUGAAAAGGAGGAGCCUAGAGGGGAUGUCACGCCGCAGGCAAGAAAACCUACGCUCAAGUCGUCGCCUGCGAAACCUGUCCUGUCGCCGGCCAAGGCUGUGCAUAGGCAGCCGGUGUUGGAGCAGUCGCCGCGCGCCAGAGGGCGAGAGACGAUGGUCAACAUGUCAUCAAAAGCUUCAGAGGCUCCGGGAGUACGGUCAAGGUCGCAGCUCACGAGGGUGCCCAUCACACAGACGCUCAUGCCGGAGCCCGAGAUCGCGCAGCCUCCGACGACGCCGGAACCAAGGAGGUCGCGGACUAAGGCCAAGCCGGUUGAACCCGUCUCGCCGCCCUUCGUCGAGAAAAAUAUUGGGAUCGCUUCCCCUGACCUGAAGAGACCGACGUCAGAGAGCAAGUUGCAGCCGCCCACACCACCUCAGCCACGUGGCACGAAAUCGAAGGAGCGGGAGCCUCCCCCAUUGACGAAGCCUCGCAGUAUGGCAUCUGUUUACGGGCACGCUCACCUCCAGGAGCCGUUUCGUCGGCCAGAAGCAGGACCCAGGCCGUCGACUGCCGACACAAGCUCUUCUAACGACACGUUUGUUUCGGCAGAGUCAAAUCAGACCGCCGUCCCUGAAUACGUCCCGUCUCGCCCGACGGCCCAUCAAACACAUUCUACGCACAGCACCCCCGGCCGCUCAUCAGCAAAUAGCUCACCAAGCCGAACAACGCCGCGGCGCACACCAGCCUCAUCGACUACGAGUCUUCCGCUGAAUUCCCUGUCCAACGCGAUUAUGGCUGGGUCCCUCGCCGCGGCGCGCUUGACACCCUCAAAUACAGGCAACUCUACACUAUCUCCACCACAACUGCCUAAUCGCACGAAGUCGCCGCGCUUGCGACAGACCCUCCGCCAGCCGCCAUCGAACCAUCGGGGGAUGCUGGGCAAGGCUGAGUUUGUUGUCGGGUUGUGGUUGAUUGAUCAGAGGCUGAGGGGGCGCAAGAUCCCUGCGAGGGUGAGUGCCAGUGUGUGGGAUAGCGCGCAGGGUGUGAAGGUGCUUUCGCCCAAGGUGAAGAAGUGA